UUCUCCCUUCUGAAUGACGUACGAAACCAUACUCUCUAGACAUGCAAAGAAGAUUAACCCAAAAACAUAUGACAGAACAGCAGUUUGAUCUCCAAACAGAUGUGAAAGUCGAACGUUUUAAGGUUUUAGUUUAAUAGUUUUGCUGGCGCAAAGUGGGGUUUGGGGGUAUUGGAGUUGAUUGGUUGUCCUGACGAUCCCUAUUCUCUAGCUCGUUUCCCACGACCGCUUUUGCCGCUCACCCGGUCGUGUAAAUGCAACCCUAUUCCUAUGCUCACCAUUUCACACCCUGCUUUCAACCUUUCUCUCUCUGUCUCUCUCUCUCUCUGUCUUGCUCUCUCUUAUCUCUUUGUGCCCUUUGGUUCUCUCUUCUUUGGCUCAAUAAUCAAACCUGUUCCCCCUCCUUCAAGACGUUUGGAUCAUGCACUUUCAACUCGUCGUUUGAUUUUGCUCAUUGGGAUGGGAAGGGUUAAGCUAAAGAUAAAGAAGUUAGAGAACACAAAUGGCCGUCAGGCGACCUAUGCCAAAAGGAAACAUGGCAUCAUGAAGAAGGCUAAUGAGCUAUCUAUCCUAUGUGAUAUAGAGAUCAUCCUCCUUAUGUUCUCCCCGACUGGCAAGCCUUCUUUAUGCAGUGGGAAGCGCAGUAGCAUUGAGGAAAUCAUUGCAAAGUUUGCUCAACUCACUCCACAGGAACGGGCUAAAAGGAAGUUGGAAAGCCUUGAAGCACUGAAAAAAACAUUCAAGAAGUUGGACCAUGAUGUAAAUGUUCAUGAAUUUCUGGGUACAAGUACGCAAACAAUAGAGGACCUGACUAACCAAGCAAGGUUAUUGCAGACUCAGCUUUCUGAAAUACACAGGAGACUGAGCUGUUGGACUAACCUAGACAAGAUCAACAAUGUAGAACAUUUGGGGCAAAUGGAAGAUACACUCAAAGAAUAUCUAAAUCAAAUUCGAGCCCGUAAGGAAAAUUUAGGAAAGCAACAGCUUCUAUCAUUAGAAUGCACAAGUCAGUUCCAAACUGAAAUGCAUGUACCCUUUAGAAUGGGCGCUGAGCAACAGCUCCAACCUCUCGCAUGGAUACCUAAUAAUGACAGUAGACACAUGGCCUUACCCGAGGACUCAAAUUUGAUUACCCACAGGGAUGUGGAGUGCUCUGCCAGUUCAUCUUUUGGAAGUUAUUCCGGUUACUUUGGCACUGCCAAAAGUUCUGAACUGUCUAGUUCUGGACAAGAAAAUGGCAUCCUCAACGAUUUGAGUGGUAAUGCAUCAUUGCAGCUGCAACUGGGUGGACAAUACCCCUACUUCUCAUACAAUCUCAAUAUACUUAAUGAUGCCAAAUUCCCACCGGUGGCAGAGAUGAACUUUCAGGAAACUCCUGCAGAUUAUAAUGUUAAUGGGGUCCUAGAAGGUCCUAGAGCUGGAUAUGACACAACCCAAGGUAGUUGGGCUUCCAAUUCUGGGCCUUGUUCUGUUACCAUGUUUGAUGAGCCUUUGUAUUCCCGACAACUAAACUGAGAUUCAGGAAGAGUGAUGCUACCAUUCCAUCCCAUCCAACUGAGCAGGCUAUGGAGAACCUGGUAAUGUGCAUGUGAAAAAAUUUGCCCAAUCCAUGGAAAUUUGUCUACUUGUCUCAAAAACGGUUUUCACUGGCAUGCAAAAACUUGGAAUCAGCCAAUGAGAUGUAUAGCACGACUACAACAACAUCGGAAUUUGCCUUUUAAUAGUGAUGAACCUCAGAAUUGAGUGGUGCUGAUUCCCUAUCAAAUGAGGCACCACAUGAUCUGUUAUAAUUUCUGUAUACAACAAAUCAUAUUUUAGUAAUAGGUUUUCCUGACCUAUUUUGGCCUUCACCUUUUGAUUUAUAGACUGGCUACUUACUGCCUUCCCCUCCUCCCUGUCAAUGUUUAAGCUGUAAAUAAAACACAUGUAGCAGAAGACAUUGAUUGUAAAUCAAAACAAACAAACAAAAAAAAACCUAUUAUUUUGGUUUCUUCGAUAUC